AUGGCCAACUUGAGUCUUCUUUCAUCGAACUUGUCAACCAAGCCAGUUUGCAGUGCGAGCUUAGCCAGUGUAGAGAUAGGAAACAGCAUAGAAAAUUCGGUGGAUUUCAUGAACAUGCAAGACACCAAGAAUAUGCUCAUUCGCUAUAUCAGCGGCCUGCUAUCCUCUCUUUGGCGGGAGAAAGAGCUUUCCUUUCAUAUCUUAUAUUAG